AUGCUUUCUCCAUUUCUCUUGAUUCUCACAAUUUUAUGCUUUGUUAAAGCUGCGCAAAUACGAUCGCCAAGCAAAAACUUGACAAAAUGUGAUUCAAAAAACGAUACUUUCUCGUGUGCAAUCCUUGGACUGAAGAAUAAAGCUGAUGAACAAGCUCACUACUGUGUACCUUCAAAGCUCGUUCACAAGUUUUCUGCGAAAGGAACCUGUGAAGUUUAUGUGUCGGACAAAAAAAACAAGUUAUGCGCAAGUGACAUGGUGGCUUGCCCCAAUGGACUCAAUGGUCGACAAUGUGUUUAUUGGUUGUUCAUCAAAGAUUACGAUUUGGUUGCUGAUAAAUGUAUUUACUUGACAGAUGAUAUUGAUACUUCAACUCCAAUUGUCAGGACCACAAUAACCACAAAAGAACAAUCAAACAGUACAUUCUCUGCGGAUGAUGUGGUGGCAAAAGAGAAAAGCGCCGCUCCAAUCUCUUACUCGUCGACGCCGUGGUGGAUGACAAUCUACAUGAUUCUAUGCACCGUUCUACUCACUUUUUGUGCAAUUUAUCAACUUUUUAAUCUGAAAGAUUUUGAGACUUUUCCGAAAAGUUUCUUUGAUCAAAAGAUUCGAUCGUUUGAUGAGGCAUUUGAAGAGCCACUAUCUGGGUUUGAGAAUGACGAGAAUUUGAAUCAAAUUGAUUCUGAUGAAAGACGAUUCACGAAUGAAACUCUUUUCCAUUCCUCAGCUCGUCAUCAUGCAAUCUCACGUCUAUCGCGAAAAGCCACCAAACAUCGUUUGCUCGAACUAAUCUUCACCCGUUUCCCCCAAUUGCAUCGGGUUCAACGCAAAGCGAUGCGUUUUGUACUUAAAAAAGCCUCAAAAUACGAAUUGACGAAUGCUCUCGUCAUCUUCAAGAAGUUGUGCCCGACAAAGCACAAUUGUGAUUUAUUGCCACCGCUUCGUUUUAUGGAAUAUCCGAUACAAUACUCGCGUCAACACCGGAUUGCAAUGUGUAUGAUCCCGAAAAAUAUGUCCACUUUGAUGACAGCAAUUAUGUGCUAUCUUCAUGAUAAAGAACGGAUUAAACGAGUGAAGAAUAAACGAUUUUACGAGCAAUGGGGAGAUGAUCGGACUUGUACCAACAAUGAGGCUCGAUCAUGGGGAAAAGUCGAAAGAGGCGUUGGAGCAAGUCGACAGAAUAUCCGCAAAUUCGUGCUCGUUCGAAAUCCGGCUGAGCGUUUUUUAUCCGCCUAUGAGCAUUUAUGCGUUGAUGCUCGAUAUUGUCUUGGUUGCAAGAAUCAAGCUUGUGUGAUCGAUACUCUCUACGAGAAAUCGAAAAGUUAUCUUAAAAAUGGACAAUCGAUCACUAAAUUGAGACACGAAGUCUAUCACUUUGAUGCGCAUUUCUUUCCACAAUCAUGGCGUUGCGAUUUUCAAACGAUGCGUACCGCUUAUACACUCAUUCAUGUGACGAGCAAGAAACAAGAAAAGUUAGCUGAUGAUAUGGCUCACUAUUUCAAAUGGAAAGGCGUUUCGAGUGAAGAUGUGAAAUUUGUUCACAACCAUAUCGCAAACGGUCGAAACAGUCACUCAACCGUCAACAAACAUCGAUCGAUGAACAAGAAAGACCGGUCGAAUCUCUACCAUACCCCAUCGACGUUGAGGAAAUUUCUCAGUAUUUUCUACUUUGAUUACCUGAUUUUGGGAUACUCCCUUCCAAAAGAAUCAUUGAUU